UACUAACGACAUGUUCUACGGCGUCCUCCGAUUUUAUUCACGGAAAGUGUAUCGCCAUAUUGCUUCCGUGAAUUUUGUGAAAUAUUUGUAAAUUUCUCUUCAAUUAUGACUAUAAUAUCAAAAUGAAGUGAAGUAAAACAAUCAAUACCAAAGGAGUAAUCAGUGGAGUAUACUUUAAAGUGUCUAAGUUGUGCAAAUAACGCGAAAAAGUGUAGCGCCGAGGAAGAAUAAUGUCUUUUGAGAAGAUGGAAGUGGUGAAUCCUGCUGAGAAAGAAGCGAGCGAAGUCCUGCAUUCCCUUUUAUCGGUAGAACGACGAAGUGUAGACAGCAAAGAGGCUAUAAUUGUGUCUAUACCAUCGGACCAGAACGGCGGCGGCGAAUACGGCGAGAGUGCACAAUGGCACACCCCUGUGAUGGGUCAACAUUCUGUAUUUGAACUUGGUGGUACUCAAAAUAUGCAACAACACAAUUAUAAUGGACAUCAGGAACAGGUUCUCUGGCAAGGACAUACUAUCCAAGUGGAAAAUGGUGAUGGUAACUUGCAAGGGAUUCCAGGCUCAUAUAGUAUUGAAUUUGAGACAAAUGUGGAAGGUGCUGACAUGGAUGUUGAAACAAAGCCCAAAGUUGAAAAAAAAGCCGGCACAAAACGGAAGAAAAAAAUGGCUGAGUCAGAUAGCGAUGAAGAGGUUCUUGACAAUAAACUGGAAGAUAAUCCAACACAGGUUAAAGAAAGAUUGAAAAGAGGUUGUGAUUGUAAAGAUAAUUGCUAUCGAGGGCUGAAUCCGGAAGCUGUAUAUCGCCAUCGGUUAAAUAUUGCAGAACUGACGAAAAGUGAACAUGAUAUGUAUUUAAUGGGUAUCACCAUGGCUAGUUUGGCAAAUCCAGCUGAAACAUCCCGACACAAGGUCAGGAGGAGACUGAGAGCUUGCUACGUGUAUCAAGGCAGAAAAGUUUGCUUAGAAGCUUUUUUGUAUCUAGAGAAUGUUACCCAUUAUCAGCUCAAACGAAUCAGGCAGCAUGUCAUGACGCAUGGAGUGGCUCCAAGGAUACACGGAAAUGUUGGUAAGAAACCAUAUAACACAUUCACACUUGAUAUUUACAAACAUGCAACAAACUUCUUAAAAGAAUAUCUUAAACAACAUGCAAGUUCUCCUAAAGAUGUACAACCUUCAGGAGAAGGUAAAAAAGCUAGUAAGACUGUUAUAAUACAAGGUGAUUCUAGGAAGCACUUGUUUGAAGCGUAUAAAGAAUAUGGGGAAAUAUUAGAACCAGGAGUAAAACUUAUGGGUUACUCAACAUUUAGAGCUUUCAUGAAAGAUCAAUUUCCUCAUGUUAAAUUUGCAACAAAGAAACAGGAAAUUCCUAAAGACAUGGUUCCAUUCCGUAGUGGUAAGUGUAUGUCAUAUGACAAAAACAAGGACCCUAUCAGAAUACAACAAGAAAAGGAGAAAGCAGAAGCUAAAAAAGCAGCUAUCGAGCAAAAGAAAAAGGAAGAGCAUGAAAGGGAACAACAGGCACAACAACAAGCUCAACAACAACAACAACAGCAGCAACAACAGGUUCAACAGCAACAGCAGCAACAACAACAACAGCAAGUUCAACAAGUUCAAGUGCAACAGCAUCAACAGAUGCAGAACCAAGGACCUCAUGUUGUUAUACAUCAACAACAGCCACAACAGCAGCAACAAAUGCAGCAGCAAAUGCUGGUCCCGCAAGUGAGUCAACACCAACAAGUGCUGACGCAACAGGUUGGUGGAGUACAGCAAGUAUCACAGCAACAUUGUGUUCAACCACUUGGUGUGUCCGAAGAUAGCGGACAACCAGUUGAAAUGGCUCAGCAAGUGAUCCCUCUAGCUGUAGUGCAACAACCGCAACAGGCAUAUAUUGUUACUCCCGUCUCACACUUCCAAACAAGAGUCCAAGGAGCCUGGUAUAGACAUUGACAAGAAAACACACUAUCCUCUGUCAAUGUAUCCACAAAAUGUGAGGAACAGAGAGUGGGUAUAAACAUGUUUACGUAACAUGAGAUCUCGUUAUGACUGAACUGUUUACAUAGAUAUCCCACUAAAACUAUGAUUGACUAUGUAAUUAUUUGAAGCCAUUUGUAACUUUGGCAAUAAGUUUGCAAAGAUACUUAGGUAACACCUUUUCAGUAUUGGUUUAUAAACUGAUUUAACAACUAUUAAUAAGUAUAAAUUUAAUCAUAUUUACACAAUAUUAUUAGCAUUAGCUAUGUAGUUUAUUUUUAUGAUAAUGUAGAAGAAUGGGCAGUUAAAAUUAUUUUUAUGUUAUUAUUUUAAAUAUUGGAUAUUUUAAUUAUAGUGUAUAUUUUUAGGAAGUAAAUAUCUUUAAAUUCUUUUACAUAUAUUGAACCUACUGAGAAAUCUGCCUGUUCAUCUUUAUUAUACAUAAGAAUGUGUGCUCUCCGAUUGCGUUGUAGAAAUCUAGGUUAAUAAAACUGUAUUGAUGUAUUGUUUUAUACAUUUUAUUUUUUUUCUAUCUAAUUAUUUGCUCAUCACAAAAUUACAUGUAUUUUAAUUUUAAAAAAAGCAGUGCCUUCAUAUUAUGACGUGGACUUGUAAUUCCUUGAUAUGAUUGGUGUUUAAUUGUUUCAUGUAGAAGAGUAGAAAGUAUUAUAGUGUUCUCAAAGUUUUCAUGGCGUUCAAUGGAAUCAUGUCUAUAUUUUGUACUUUUAAUACAUAUCAAGUUAAAAAUGUCAUACAUGAGAUAGUAUUCAAGGAAUGGUGUAUUGAAGGGUAUGAGUGAAAUAAAUAGAUUCUUAUACACUGCA